AUGGGGAAGAAAAUCGUUUUCAAUAUUUCCAGUGAUUUCCAAUUAAAAUCCCUUCUUGGGGAAGGUGCUUAUGGGGUUGUUUGUUCAGCUGUUCAUAAACCUACGGGGGAGAUUGUUGCCAUCAAGAAGAUUGAACCAUUCGACAAACCAUUAUUUGCAUUACGAACAUUAAGAGAGAUUAAGAUCUUGAAACAUUUCCAGCAUGAAAAUAUCAUUUCCAUUUUCGACAUUCAAAGACCUGAAUCCUUUGAGAAUUUUAAUGAAGUGUACAUUAUACAAGAGUUGAUGCAGACAGAUUUGCAUCGUGUGAUAUCGACACAGAAUCUUACUGAUGACCAUAUACAAUAUUUCAUAUAUCAGACGUUGAGAGCGGUGAAAGUGUUACACGGAUCUAAUGUCAUUCAUCGAGAUUUGAAACCAUCCAACCUUUUAAUAAAUUCCAACUGUGAUUUAAAGAUCUGUGAUUUUGGAUUAGCAAGAAUUAUUGAAGAGGACACUGGUGAUGAUGAACCCAACGCACAAUUACAAAACGGUAUGACGGAAUAUGUGGCUACCAGAUGGUAUCGUGCACCAGAGGUGAUGCUAACUGCUGCCAGAUAUUCCAAGGCAAUGGACAUAUGGUCCUGUGGUUGUAUUCUGGCUGAGUUAUUCAUGAAGAGGCCCAUAUUCCCGGGGAAGGAUUACCGUCAUCAACUAAUGUUAAUAUUCGGUCUUAUUGGGACGCCUAGUGGGAGAGAUCUAUUGUGCAUUGAAUCAAGAAGAGCAAGAGAGUAUAUUACCACGCUACCCAAAUACGAGCCUGUCCCCUGGGAGAAGGUUUUCCCCAAUGUUAACCCACUGGGAAUUGAUCUUUUACAAAGAAUGCUUAUUUUCGACCCACGUAGCAGAAUCACAGCAGAGGAAGCAUUAGCGCAUCCAUAUUUGAAGACGUAUCAUGACCCUAAUGACGAGCCCACGGGUGAACCUAUCCCGAAGUCCUUUUUCGAGUUUGAUUCCUACAAGGAUGUGCUGACGACAAAGGACCUGAAGAAGUUGCUGUGGAACGAAAUCUUCGGUUAG